UCAGAACCCAGGCGACUGUCUUUUUGAGGCUCUCUGCCAUCAACUCAAAUAUACGAAAACGGCCGACACAAAACCCAGGGAGUUGCGACAGAAUCUAGUAGCUUAUAUAAAGCAAAACACCCAACUGGAGAAUGGCGACCAUGUUAUGACACUAUUUGACACAACUACGAAUGAUGAAUGGAGAGUUAAUAGUAAGCAAAAUGAGAAGAAAAGCGCCGAUGAAAUGAAGCUUUCAUACUACACAGAUUCGUACAUGAACAAACCGGAGACAACGGGAGAUACGUUGAUGAUAUGGGCAUGUUCGCAACUUUAUGAUGUUGACUUUGAAAUAUUCCCAAGUGCAUCUGAUCGAUCAUAUAAAAUAUCUGCAAAAGAUGACGACUCAAUAAGGGCGACUGUAAGACUUGGCUUUGUCGGCCAAGCAUAUUUCGUUAGCCUCGUCAGCACCAACAAAGAGUCGACUGAAUUCAUGUACCUUCUUGGACGUAAGAUUAAAGCCUGUGACCAGGUUACCGAAAUUAAGAAACAAGCAGGACUAAUGUCCGAUUUGGGCCUA